CUACUUGGAUGAGAGGCUGCUAGGGAAUUUCAGAGCUGGAAAAAAUAAUUUAAAAAAUCAUCCUGGAAGAAAAGAAAGGUUUUCACUCCGAGGUUGUUGCGAAGAAAACAUCACGCGUGUGUUGGUGGGGUCCCCAGCUUGACUGGAAGGCGAUGGUGUGCUAUAUUCAUGCAGUUCCUGUCUUGAAGCUGCAAAAAAGCUUGCUGUCUCUGGUGGUUUUUGCAGUUGUGGUCAAGAGGGAAUUCCCAGGUAGGGAUGCAGGAAAGGAUCUUGGGGUGGAUCCAGGCUGGGAUUCUGCUUGGUGCUGAUGGUGGUUUUUCUAAUUUCUGUCCAAAGGGAGCAGGCUUUCCCAGAAUGGGUUCACAAAUGCAACUUAGCUUUCUGCUCUCUCCCCAGGUGCAGAUUCUUUAGCUUAACAGAAACCCCUGAAGACUACACCAUCAUGUUGGAUGAAGAAGGGUUCAAAGAGCUACAUACCUCUGAGUUCCUGCAAGUUGUUGAUUCCACAUGGCUAGUGCUCAAUGUCUCGUCCAACGGCAGUGCCUCCAUCAACAACCAGCCUAUAGGAGUCACCAAGAUUGCAAAGUCUGUUAUUGCACCGCUGGCGGAACAUAACGUCUCAGUCUUAAUGUUGUCCACCUAUCAGACUGAUUUUAUUUUGGUACGAGAGAAGGAUCUGCCUGUGGUCAUCCACACCCUGGCAAGUGAAUUCGAAAUCUAUAAGGAGGUGAAUGGAGAACCGGUCCCUGCAAACUGUGAAGACAUGAGCAACGGAUUCCACAAACCAAAGCAAGAGUUCAGUGCCACUGUGCAUCCAGUGCAGACCCCUCAGAACAGAUUCUGCAUUCUCAGCAUCGCCUCCGAAACCUUGCCUGCCAUUGCCACCAUACUCAUUGAUGUCUUGUUCUACUCACCCAGCCCACCAAAAGAAGGAGCUGCUAACAACCAGGACUCCAUCACUUUCUUUGCUUUCUCACUGAUCGAGGGCUACAUCUCCAUCGUCAUGGAUGCAGAGACCAAAAAGAAGUUCCCUAGUGACCUGCUGUUGACCAGUUCCUCAGGAGAGCUCUGGAGGAUGGUGAGAAUUGGCGGGCAGCCCCUUGGCUUUGAUGAAUGUGGGAUAGUGGCCCAGAUUGCUGAACCCCUGGCCGAUGCAGACAUAUCUGCCUAUUACAUCAGCACCUUCAACUUUGACCACGCCUUGGUCCCGGAAGAAGGCAUCGACAACGUCAUUGACGUGCUCCAGAAACGGCAGGAGGCUGGGAGAUAACCGCCUGGGCUCUGUUUGUCUCGGAUGUGGGUUUCCGAAGACCAGCUGACGGAUCUCGUCCCAGCCAUAUUCCCUGUUCCUGGAAUGAGAGAGAGAGCCCUGCUCCUGUGCAAGCCAGUUAUCUUUCUGGGAGAUGACUUGUGUCUGGGUGGAGCACACCCAAAUAUUUUCAGCUGUGGGUACCAUCCUUUCUCCCCGGACAGAGAAGCACGUGCCUUGUUGCCUUAACUCUCCAGACUGACAAACAAGGGAGUUGCAUGAACAGAUUUCAGAGACUAGCGGAGGAAUUCUGAUACAUGACGACUUCUCGGUCAGAGAAAGAGCUCUUUCUCUUUCUCUUUCUCUCUCUCUUUUAUUUUGCACAUAUUCUGAGAUUUCGAAAGGCAUCCUUGGGGGCAACUUGUCAAAUGGCAUUCCCUGCCCUGCAGUGAAAGGACAGCAUUCUUCAGAGACGAUGUUCUCCAGAUGAAUGAGGGACUUGGGUAGCCCCAACGCAUCUGGAGAAAAACAGCCCCGACUUUAGAGUUGGUUUUCCUUUUCAGUGCCCGACGCUAAGAGUAGAAAACACUGGAUUUCUUUUUAAAUCUGAUAUGGAGAUGGCUGGAAGAGUGACUGGAAGGAGGAGAGCGGAUUGGGCCUCUGUGUCCUUUGUGAAGUUUCUUUUAUUCAGUGACUGCUGAGAGAAGAAGUAAAGAAGGAGAGAAGAGAGCUUUUCGGUGCUCGUACAACUUCCCUUCCUUCUGUGAACAGUAUUACAUUCUGAAUUAAUGGAUUGGAAGCAUUAGUUGUCAAAUAUUUUUGGAGUUGGGGUAGGGAGAGAGGCGUGGGUCAAAACAGCUUCCUCUCCUCCUUUUGGAAGCCUUAAUG